AAUUCAACAGAGAAGAGAAAAAAAAAAAAAAGGCUUUCACCCUUAAAAUGGCUGUUCGUGUCGAGGCGGUAGCAACACACUUGUCGUCUCUCCCAGUAGCUUCUCUGGCGUUUUUUCGCAGUCAAAAAUCUAAUUAGGAAGCAUUCAGUUCUUGUAAUUUCACUGAAGAAAACAAGCAGUAUGGGAACUCACAUCAAUUUCAACAACUUAGGAGGUGAAGGAAUGAAGCCAACAGAUAACGCUUAUCCCUUGGCGAGACAGUCCUCGCUUUACUCACUAACCUUUGAUGAGCUUCAGAGCACACUACUUGGUGGACCAGGAAAAGAUUUGGGGUCGAUGAACAUGGAUGAACUCCUGAAGAGCAUAUGGACUGCUGAGGAAGCUCAGGCCAUGACCAUGAAUCCAUCAUCUGCUGCUACAGCUGUAGCGCAACCCGGUGGUGGUAUCCCUCUCCAGAGGCAAGGCUCGCUGACGUUGCCUAGAACGAUUAGUCAGAAGACUGUUGAUGAGGUCUGGAAAUGUUUGUUCACCAAGGACGGUAACAUGGUAGGUAGCAGUGGAGGAGGAGGCGGUGGUGAGUCCAAUGCGCCUCUGAGGCAACAGACUCUAGGGGAAAUAACGCUUGAGGAGUUUCUGCUCCGCGCUGGAGUUGUCAGAGAAGAUAACAGCAACAAUGGGUUUUAUAGUAACAACGGAGCUCCUGGAGGAUUAGGCUUUGGGUUUUGUCAGCCAAAUCAAAACAACAUUUCAUUCAAUGGUACUAAUGAUUCCAUGAUCUUGAAGCAGCCACCACACCAGCAGUUUCAACAACAGCCAUCACAACCGCAGUUGCAGCCAAGACAGCAGCUGAAUCAGCCGCCACAUCCUCCUCCGCAGCAGCAUCCUCACCAGCGGCUGCCUCAAACCAUUUUUCCUAAACAAGCAAACGUGGCAUUUGCUGGGGCUGGGAAUAAUGCAAGCAACAAUAAUAACAAUGGAUUGGGUAAUUUUGGAGGAGGCGGGGUGACUGUUGCAGCAACCUCUCCAGGGACAAGUAGCGCAGAGAAUAAUUCUCUGUCACCGGUUCCUUAUGUGCUUAACCGAGGAAGAAGAAGUAAUACUGGUCUAGAGAAGGUUAUUGAGAGGAGGCAAAGGAGAAUGAUCAAGAACCGAGAAUCAGCUGCUAGAUCAAGAGCUAGGAAGCAGGCUUAUACCUUGGAACUGGAAGCUGAGAUUGAAAAGCUCAAGAAAGUGAACCAAGAAUUGCAGAAGAAACAGGCUGAGAUGAUGGAAAUGCAGAAGAAUGAGGAAUCUUCGAAGCAACCGUGGGGAAGCAAAAGGCAAUGCUUGAGAAGGACACUAACCGGUCCAUGGUAAAAGCAGAAGGAAGCAACAAGAACCGAUCAAACCAGACACCAGUUUGCAUGGGACUAAUUAAUAGGAGACAGUGCUACUUGUACAGGAGAUUAAGAGAGAUUUUAUUGAGUGGGAAUAUUAGGUUACAGAGUGUAGAAGUUUCCAUUAUGAAUUAAAACAUAUUUUGUGCCCUGGCCUUCAUUAGUAUACUCUGUUUUGUAUUUUAUGGUCUGAUUGGGUUUAUAAAAGACAUCGAUGUUUUAUGUA